AUGGCCGCGCCAAGCAAGUCUUCAUCGAGAUGGGGCUCGUUCCUGUCGCAGGCUGUUGCGGGCGUCGAGUCGCGCCUCGACAACAUUCUCUCCGAGGAGGAUGGCGGUAGCGCGGCACCAGCGACACAGCAGCAGCCCAAGCCGCAACCGCAGAUGCAGGCGCCAACACCGGCCAGCGCUGUGCCGGCGGCGACCAAGGCGACACCGAAUACCUCACGUUCGUCAUCGAGUAAUCGAACCAACGACAGGCUACAGGCUAGGCUAGCAAAGGCCAUGGCCGCCAAGACAACGCAGGUUGGGAGUUCUCCGCGCAGCUCCGUCGACAAUGCAAGUCGGCCGUCUAUGGAUCGAAAGUCUACCGAUCCAAAGGUUGCAGUGAAAGAAGAUUCGCUAGCCUCGGACCCCCCCGCCACCGAAGCGGAUGAUGAGGCUACAACACUGAUAUCAACGGACGAGAUCACUGUGGAGAGUGUUGAACCCACACUCGAGACAACCUCUGAGGAUAAUUCGCAUAAUAAUGCUAAAAUCGAGGAAGCCGGAAUUACAGCAAAACUACCGGCAGAGACAGAGAUUCAGAUUCUAACCGAGCCUUUCGGCGAAAACGGUUCUGCAGCUCCAGAUGCAACUGAAGUAGGGGUUACUAUCAAUGUCAAGGAUGUUGAGCAUUUAAUAGCGAACCACCAGCACGAGGUUGAAGAAUACGUCGAGCGAAUUGACUCGCUGGAGUCGAAACUUCAAUAUCUAGCCAAGUCCGCAGCUGAAUCUUCUCAAAAGGCCGCAAAUGCCGCUCCUUCUGGUAGUAUGGAAAGCAAGCUUGCCGGAAAGGACGAAAAGAUUGCCCUACUCAUGGAAGAGGGCCAGAAGCUUGCGGCUGGAGAACAAAAAUACAGAACCAUCAUAAAGAAGCUGCGACAGCAACUCGCCGACUCGGAAAAACAGAAUGACGAGCUUAGAAAGACCAAGGAUAAAGCUAUCGCCGACGCCGAUGCUUUGCGCGCGCGGCUCAAGAGCAGCGAGGAACAAGACAAACUCCAGGACGAAAUGCGCAAGGCGACCGCUGUCAUGCAAAAAGAAAUCGAUAGCUUAAAGAAAGAAAAGACGACAAGAGACGGUACAGUUCGCAACCUCGAGCGCGAUCUCAAGACCAAGGCGGAAGAGGCUAGUAAGACUGCGAUCUUUGAGAGAACCCUCAGUGCCGAGCGGGAGAAACUCAAGACACAGGAAGCAAGCCACACAGCAUUGCAUGCCGAAAAAGAAGCCCUGGAAGAAAAGGCCAGGCAAGACAAUAUCGAGUGGAGCGAAAAGCUGGACCGCGCAGUUAAGCGUGGCCGGAACAUGGAGAAUGAGCUCCGAAUCGAGGUUAAGGCUAUGGAGACCAAGCUCGAACUCAUGCGGACACAGGCCGAAGAAGCAACAUCCGGCUCCGGCGGCGAGGCGCAGGUCAAGCUGCUCCGCCAAAUUGAGACGUUGCAGUCGCAAUAUGCAUCCGCGAGCAGCAACUGGCAGUCGAUGGAGUCAUCGCUGCUGGCCAAGCUAUCCAACUUGGAAAAAGAUCGGGACGAGGCACAGAGACGGGAAUCGGACAUGCGAAAAAAGGCGCGCGACUCGACCACGCGCGCGAAGACACUCGACGAGGAGCUACACGAUGUACAGCCUGCCCUGAUUAAGGCGCGAGCGCAGCUCGACGCGGUCCGCGAUGAACUUGCCGCACUCAAGACGUCGUCCAAGGCUACCGAAGAGGCCCUGGACCAAGCCCGCUCUGAUCUCGAGCGGGAGCAGCGCACCAAGAGCCGCGAUUUGGCCGCGCAGCAAACCGAGUGGACAGAAGCUGCCGUCCGCGUGGACAAGAUGGACAGCCGGCCCGAGUCGCCCGUACCCGGCCACAUUACACGCACGUUUAGCACCGACCUCGCCAGUCUCGGCGGCUUGCCCCUUCCCUACCGCCAGCGCACGACGCCGCUAUCUGGCAGCAUUCCCGACACGGAUGCCCGCCCGCACUCCCGCCGACCGUCGGCGCAGCCCCCGUUCCGCAUCACCUCGGCGAGCCCGGCCCCCUUUUCACCCUUUCCGCAGCCCAGCAGCGAGCUCAGCAGCCACCACGCGGCCUCACCUCCCGCCGUUGACGACGCCCUCCCGUCCUCCCCGCGCCAGCCGCCGGCCCUUGCCGGGGACGUGAUGUCCAUGUCCACCGUUGCUGCGGGGCCUUCGGUCCAGCUCGUUGAGCGCAUGAGCGCGGCCGUCCGGCGGCUUGAGGCCGAAAAGGUGGCCGCAAAGGAGGAGAUGGCGCGCGUGUGCGGCCAGCGCGACGAGGCGCGCGCCGACAUGGUCGGCCUGAUGAAGGCGCUUGAGGACGCCAAGACGGCGUCGGCGCGCGUGCCGGAUCUCGAGGCGCAGGUGGACGCGCUCGACGCGCGCUACCAGACGACGCUGGAGAUGCUGGGCGAGAAGAGCGAGCUGGUGGAGGAGCUGCGUUCAGAUGUGCAGGACGUCAAGGCCAUGUACCGCGAGCUGAUCGAGCAGACGAUGAAAUAA